AAGCAGAAGAGAGGAACAGAGGAUUCUCAGGACAGCAGUGCCGGUUCUCCCCCCCCCUCCCCUUACCCUCUUCCUUAACCACCUCCUUCAAGCCCCUUCCCUAUCCCCUCUCUCACCCCUCUCUCCCCAUUCUCUCCUUUCUCUCCUUCCCUGGCAUUACCAACAUGGAGACCGGCAGCCCUCGCAAAAUUCAAUUCACGGUGCCCCUCCUGGACUCCCACCUGGACCCAGAGGCUGCUGAACAGAUUCGAAGACGAAGACCCACUCCCGCCACUCUGGUGGCAUCCAGCGACCAGUCCUCACCAGAAAUCGAUGAAGACCGGCUUCCAAACCAGCUCUACAAGGCAGCGCUGCUGAACUCCCCCCGGCAGAGGAGGAAGGGAGCACGGGGCACGCCCACUAUGAAAGAGCUGCAGUUCCUGGUUGAACACCAUCUGUACCGGCAGCAGCAGGGUGGAGGAGGGGACGAAUGUUCCUCUGAGAGCUGCCUGUCGGACCGGCCCAGUCCCGACUCUGUCCCCGCUGGAGACGAGCUGCCCGAGGACGAGGGGGGCUGGACCGGUGGAGACCAGGCCACUGCCGAGGCCUUUGAGAAGCUGCGCUGCCAAAUGGAAGCGUUUUCCAGAGAGAGCCUAUUAGAAGAUGGUGGUGAAAUGGAAGGCCCCUCACCAAAGGGGGAAGGGAGUUCUGCCAUCAUAACCACAGCAACAGCAACAUCACACACGCAAGGCGCCAAAGCGGCCCCCACUGUGAGCCCACUGGCAGAGGAGAAGAAGGACACAGAGAGUGAAGAGAAAUAGGACUGCCUGCAAAACACCCCGAUUUACAUUUCUGGUUAGAAACAGAAGACAAUGUUUCAUGGACUGAAGCAAACACAAGUGUCCCUACCUGCCCCCGAACUCCUGCCCCUUCCUGUAACUCCUCUGAAAGCAAAAAAAAAAAAAGAAAGGCCCUUUUCAAGCAA